UCGAUGAAUUGAUGGAUUCACACUUUUCCUUACACAGCAGACACAAGGCCGCGAAGCUCGUUCCAUACAGAAUCGCAUGAUUCUUCCUCACGAGCGGGCCAAGGUCUGAGUAUUUAACCCCCCUCGAACGGUCCUAGCAGGGCCCGACGGUCAUCGUCGAGCGACGUAUCAGAAAUCCAUCCGACCUUUCAUGAUCUCGAAGAUCUUCUUGCGAAGGGAGAGUCGUUGCGGGGAGCGGAUUUAGAACUCGUCGCGGGGGUCGGGCGGUGCUCUCUUUUUUGCUCCUGCCGGGCGUCUUUUAUCGGUGUCCAAGGUGCCUUCUUCGGAAGGUGCGGGGGGAGGGCUGGUUUGUGUGAUGCUUUCCUGCCUCCCUUGCAUCGCUCUCGGGCGAUCUUGUGCUAGCAUCGUCGCGCAACCCCCACAAAGUGCGCCGGAAGUGGCUGCAGCCUUCAAGCGGAAUUCGAAUACAGCAGGUCGCGUGCGCAGAUCAAGUCAUAUGUGAUCAGAAAUGUCCCACAGAGGACGGCUAGCUAUGCCUAUAUUUCAGAGAGGGUUGUUAGUAGCGCUGCUGCUUCCUUCAAGGCGACGGUCCCAAGACGAAUAUACUCAGAAGGAUCCGGGCGGCAUCGCGCGGCGGGCUCGGCGCACGAGAAAGCGCUCGGCGUUUGGACUGAUCAAGGGCGUUCCGUCCUUGAGUGCACUUCGCGGCACACGCUGUCGAACCGUCUCGCGAACGGGGAGAUACUGUGUAACUCGAUUCAGACUACUCUGUGUCUGCUGUGUCAACAAUUUUUUCCACAUCGCUUCCUUUGGGAGCUGCUUGGCUCCAGGGUCGGUUCUGUGUUAUCGGCCUUAGUGUCACUCAAUGCCCUUGGCCUUGCGUGAUAUGUGCCUGUGUAGUUGUUUGCUCCGUGAAUGUAUCAUUGCACCGUGGAGUGAUAGAAUCCUGCCUAAUCGGGAACCCUGAAUGUAUACUUGAUCCUGACCGUCAUGAAUGCUAAGAACGUUGAGGGCAUGCUCUUAUUGGAGCAGUCUUUUGCCAGGGUGCCUUACGAGAAUUACCGGAAGGUCUUUCGGACGAGCCAACGAUACAUCGACCGGGAUCUCUAUAGAACACUAUGCGACUCCGCCAAGUCUUUCGCAGACCAGGCUUCGAGCUCCUCUGCACCCACAGGGGGCGAAGUUGAUUCUGAGAGGGCGAUACAGUCUAUCGACGCCAUGAUCACCAAUGUAGAGAACCUCAAGCGCAAAGCCAGUAGCCUUCUUAGCCAAUUACACGCCACCUCUGGUGGACCUACUCAGGACGUCCUUCGCGAGCGACUACAGCACGUAGCCACAAUAGAGCGGCCGUCGACCAAUGAAGCGGAGCACGAACGCUGGGCAGACGCCAGAUUGGAUAGGUGGCUGGUCGACUGGGCUUUGAGAAAUGGGAAGGAGAACACGGCGAGGAUGAUUGCAAAAGAGAAACACAUCGAAGUGCGUGCAGCUUCGACUGCAGGCAAGUAUGCUGACCACGGGCGAAAGAAUCUGGUGGACAUCGACCUCUUUAGCGACGUUAGGAGGAUAGAGAAGGCCCUUGAGCAGCACAGCUGCGCUGAGGCGCUCGUGUGGUGCAGUGAGAAUAAGAGUGCCUUGCGCAAGAUGAAGAGUACUUUGGAGUUCGACCUUCGCCUCCAAGAGUUCAUUGAACUUGCUCGCGCCCUCAAAUACAAGGAAGCUAUUGCUUAUUCACACAAGUACCUUGUUCCAUGGAAGGAGACGCAUGCUGAGCAAAUCAUGCAAGUAUCGGCACUUCUGUGUUUCCAGCCAAAGAACACGUCGCAGGGACGGUACAAGCGUCUGUACGAUCCGUCCCGCUGGUCUUCCUUAGUCGAAUCUUUCCGUCGAGCUGUCUAUUCGCUCAACGCUCUCCCCUCCGAACCGCUGCUCAAUCUCAGUCUGUACGCUGGACUCGCCUCUCUGAAACUUCCUGCCUGUUUCAAUCCCCAUACGAAAAACGUCGACUGUCCUGUCUGUGAUGGAGGCUCGGGCUCUGGUGGAGGGCUGGGCAAAUUGGCAGAACAGGUUCCAUUGAGUCACCACGCCAAUUCCACGAUCGUCUGCUGGAUCACGGGCAAGAUCAUGGACGCGGACAACAUGCCAUUAGCGUUUCCGGACUCGGGAUAUGUUUAUUCGAAAGAUGCCAUGGAAGAAAUGGCUCUCAAGAACAACGGCGUAGUCACAUGUCCGCGAAGCAAAUCGACGUGCCAAUAUUCGGAUUUGCGCAAGGUCUUCAUCUCUUGAAGUUCCAAGGUUCUCUGGACAAAUGUAUCACAUUGUAUCAAUAGCUCCUUGGAUUUCGUUCGAAGCAUUUGAGUCCAGUAUGUACUGGAAAUAUGUACGAUGAUUGCUUUGCAUGCCCGGAAAUACGGAGGCAGCUGGACCGCGGCGACAAAUCUAGCGCGCGUCAUGUUGCCACGAUCUCGGCUUUCAAGCCUCCAGGCCCCGUCUAGCCACAAAGGAUGCCUUCCCUCUCCCGCAUAUUUCUCGGCGCUGUUGUCCUUCUCGGCGCCAUUGUAGCCGUUUACAUCCUGCCCGCAUCUUCGCCCAACGGCACCUCCUCACCCGUGAUGGCAGCAUAUCCGACCGACCCAUACGCUGCACUGCAGUACAACAUGGUGAACACGCACGACACGUUCAAGGUCGCGUACAAGCAGAUCAUUCCUCUGCUCGAUAAACCGCCUCUUGACGACCUCGAUAAUUUCUUGGGAUACUGUCGCGCUUGGGCCGCAUGCAUCGUCGAGCAUCACGAUUCGGAGGAAGACUCUCUCUUCCCCUUCCUUAAUGGCAAGUCCGACUUUGGCAAGGAAAUCGAACAGCACGUCUUCAUCGCCAAGGCACUCACUGAGAUCCUGGGCUUCAUCGACCAGGCGCGGGCCGACCCCAGCAACUUCGAUGCCGCGAAGCUGAAAGGAAUGAUGGAGACGCUCGACGGACCUCUGUUCGAACACCUGGAUGAGGAGGUUGAAGACCUCGCACCCGAGAAGCUUAAGGCUGCCGGAUUCACGCCGGAGGAGCUGAGCAAGGCAGGAAAGGAUCUCAUGGUCUACAUCCGCGCCCACUCUGACAAAUACGUGACUUUGCCUUUCAUGCGAACUCACACACCGCCCGAGCUGAAGGAGAUCUGGCCACCGUUCCCGUGGAUCGUUAAGCGCCUCGUCGUUCCCUGGAUGCUCUAUCCCCAGAAUGCGGGAUACUGGAAAUAUGCGCCUUAUUCUGUUUCGUGAUACCUGUUUGACAUAAAUAUGUUCUAUCAAUCUGAGCCGUAUACGAUAGAUUUUUGUCUACGCGAGGAUGAACGAGGUCUCGGUCAAUCUUAGUCUAUUAGGGCUCAUCCUGUUCCGCAUGAUCGUGUGGGAUGGAUCUGGACUCAAUCAAGAUGCUUUUGACGUGCUCCUCGAGUAACAUCCCUAAAACUCGGUGAACAGGCCAAGACCAAAGUGGAAUCAUGUCCGCAUACCUAAUGCCAGCAAGGCGGAUCCAUCCAUGCUUUUGUACAUAUCUUUCUCUGGCCGGGUUUCUUCCAACGGGCCGUCGUCCCCGUCCUCGCUGCCGGAAAUUUCAUCAUCGUCAUCUUCUUCAUCUUCCUCUUCCUCUUCCGGUUCCGGUUCCUCUUCCUCCUCUCGAGGUUCCUGACCGCUAGCCGUCGCUCGGACCGUGGAUCCCGCCAUACGACGCUCCUUCAAAGAUUGUCGAUAGCUACGAGAGGCGUUGUACAGCUGCCCCCGCUUGGAGUAAUACUCGCAGAACACGGACAGAUCAUAAUUACAGAAGAAGGCAGCGGAUCGAGAUAGCCUCCGCGGUCUUCAGAGCUGAGCGACAGGACAGGGAUAGUCCCUAGAAAGCCGGGAUCGUGGUUGUAUUUACGGCGUUUCUUCAGUCGCUGGGGGGCUUCUGUCAGGUUGCCUAAAGUCUCUUCAGCAGAAGCGUUUUUGUCAUCGAUGCUGAUCUCCUCAUGACCACUGUCCCGAUAGUCUGAGUCGAGUGAUCGCAGCUUUGGAAUCCGCGUGGUGUCCUGAUAAAUCCGAUUUCCUCUGGGGUCGACAAUCUGGCUUAGCUCAGAAGGCAGAUGGGAGGCCGAUUUUGAUUUUCGAGAAGCGAGACUCGAGGCAUCGUAUACCGUAUAGCGGCUCAUGGAUGGAUGGGUAUAACACUGUCCUAAACAGCACCACACAACGCCUCGACACUCAGU